AUGUCCCUCGUAUACAUAAAUAUUAUAAUAGCAUUCAUGGUAUCUCUCACGGGAUUACUAAUGUAUCGAUCUCACCUAAUAUCCUCCCUCCUAUGCCUGGAAGGAAUAAUAUUGUCCUUAUUCGUUAUAGCUACCCUAAUAAUCCUAAACUCACACUUCACUUUAGCCAGUAUAAUACCCAUUAUUCUACUAGUUUUCGCAGCCUGCGAAGCAGCACUAGGCCUAUCCUUGCUAGUAAUGGUGUCAAACACAUACGGCACCGACUACGUACAAAACCUUAAUCUGCUACAAUGCUAA